AACCGCCUAUAAACCCUACGGAAGAAGAAGAAUCAGCAGAAGAAGAAUCAGAAGAGAGAGACGAGAUGUAAUUAUUAGUGCUAGGGUUGUUGUAUGUGUUUAAACCAGUCAAACACAUCGCAUCACACGUCUUCCUGCCAACACGACCAGGACAGUGGAUCACAGAGUCACCCUGCGAUCCUUUCCACCCCGUUGGCUGUGAAGAUGGAGAAGGAUCAUGUUCACUGCAUGUCCUGUUUCAACCACAGAUGCACGUUCAGACCAGAACCAGGAACAUCUUGUGAUCUCAUGAACUGCCCCUUGGUGUGUGGGGCAGUUUUUCACUCCUGUAAAGCUGAUGAACACCAACUCAUGUGCCCACUGAUCAGGGUUCCCUGCCUGAACAGCGGCUACGGCUGCCCCGUCACGUUGGUGCGCAACCAAAUGUACGCACACUUGGAAGUGUGUCCAGCUGGAGUGGUGUGCUGCACUAUGGAGUGGAACAGAUGGCCUGUUAGCUGUUUGGACUAUACUUCCUAUGAGAGUCUGAGCCGUGGGGUGGAGGAGGUGGAACAGCUGGAUAUGGCACUCGCUCUUCAGGACCAGCGUACGCUACUUGAGUCCCUGAAAGUGAUUGCCAUGGCACCUACUGCGCAGGAAGAGCCACUUGUCCCUGUUAGUAAGGAGAACACUGCAACACACUCCACUUCGCUGACAUCUGCUUUGGAUGCCUCCACUGGUAUUGAGUCAUCUUCGCAAUCAUCACCCUCACAGCCACAAGCACCACCACCACCACCAGGCUCAGCAAAAGAGAAAAUCUCCAGUGGAAUUAAUGGCUUGAAUGAGGAGCACUAUAGUAAACUGUACGAAGCCACAGUUGAGACGGCGAGAAGCUUGGCUGCUGCUUUAGACUUUGUUAGCAGUGCAGGUGUUUUUGAGAGCAGCACGGACUGCAGGGGUGGAGGCCUCCAGAAUGGAUUGGAAGACCAAACAUGUGUAGCCGUGGAAGCUAAAAGAGACAUUAUGGAGCAAAGUGUUUGUUCAAGCUGUUUGAGUGGAAAUGGGGCUGUAAAGAUAAUAAACACAUCCAGUGGACCGUUGUCAGGAAUAACGGACGCCCGUCUAGGGACAUCCUGUCCUGUUGAAGUGCAAGAGAAUACAGAUGCUGGUGUUUCUCAGGAGCCAGUGACCCCUCAAAUGAUAUCUCCAGUGGAUGUCAGUCAGGGUGUGGCGCAGAAGGCUGCUCACGUCGUCCAGGAAGAUAGAGGACUAGUCCUUUCAGACAGCCACGAGCCCCAGAGACAGUUCCACAGCUACCAGUUUUUCAGGGGCCAGAGCCACUAUUCAUUUUCUAACGGGCGGAUAGGGAUCAUACCAGACAGGUCAAGGUACAGAUUACGGCCCAAAAUGGAGGACAAGUCAGUAGAUACCUCGGACCUGGAGCAGGAUGAAGAUCCCAUGGGUCUGGGAGAGAUUGAUUUGAUCACUGCGGCGCUGCUCUUCUGUUUGGAAGAGUCGAGAGAGUGCAGAAGAAUCUCCGACACGGUCUACGUUGACGGUUACCGCGUCGACUUUGGAACGCAGACUUUCACUUUUCCCGCAGCAAUACUGGUAACCAACACCAGAGUUGGCGACAUGGCUUCUGCGUCCGCCUGCGACCACGCUGCUCCACAGCUCUCCUACCCCAGCCCUUUCCGCACGCUGCGUCUCGGCUUAGUCCUGGAGGCCCUGGAGGUCGAGGCGGUGCCACACAACCGCUACCUCCCUCCCAACCCCCGCUACCAGCACAUGUUCCCGUUCGUGUGCGGUCAGUCGUUCCGCCGGGACCAGUUCUCGUCACAUUUCACGAAUGUCCACGGUGACAUCCACGCUGGUCUCAACGGCUGGAUGGAGCGACGCUGCCCCCUGGCGUAUUACGGUUGCACAUUUUCCCAGCGCAGGUUUUACCCGUCUACCCAGGGCUCCAAGGUGGUUCACGACAGACACCUCAGGUCUUUCGGGGUUCAGCCUUGCCCAAGAUUGAAACUUCCAGGUGACUCCCAGUCUGACCAAUUCAGUGGGCUGCCCAUUGAGAUACUGUGGCACAUAGCUGGAUUCCUGGACAGCUUCAGCCUGUGUCAGCUGUCACUGGUGUCACGGACUAUGAGGGAGGUGUGUGCCAGCCUCCUCCAGACCAGAGGCAUAGUGGAGCUGCAGUGGGAGCAAAGGCAACGCCCUGGAGCUCAUGGCACUGUGUCCUGGCAGAUCAAAAAUACAGUGUGGAGAUUCAGCACCGCCUUCAGCCCGGUGCUCUCUUGGGGUUUCGCCGACGUCCCCAGCAUGUCGGAUCAUCUUAAGAAGUGCCACUUCAACGUGGUGGAGCACAAGACGGAGCCCGUGCCGCUUCCUGCCAUGUGCACUGCACGAGAUGGACACUCCCUCCGUCGCGUCCUGCGCCACGUCAACGCCUGACCACACCAGUGCUGACCUCUCAACGGCUGCACCCGAUUCACUGUGCUAUUUUGUGGAUGUUGCAAUUAAAAGUUAUGAAAUAAAUAAAAAAAUCUUCCUGCACUACAUUAGAUUAUAAAUAAGCCUUAAUGAAAUAUCACCUUUUCUGCCAGGUCCGGGGACAAAUUUGACAUUUACGUUUGCAUGGGUUUGUGCUGAAAAAUGAGUCCUCUGGUCAGAUAAAGUAUAUUUUUUUCUUGAAGACAAAUAUGCAAUAGAUUUAUAUGCUAUGUGAUAUAUUAGAAAAGUGGAAUUAAUAUGUUGUCACUAUCUUGCCUUCUGUAAGUAGCCACAGGGAAAAGCAGAUUGUUGGUUAUAAAUUGCAUCAUUUCUGUGUGUCAGAAGUUUUGCCAGCACUUUUCACAAUAUUUGCUAAUCCCUCUUCAGUGAUCAAUAAAUGGUGUAGUAUUUCUGAUCCUCACAGAACGUGUCAACCCCCUUGCAAAUCUGAUGGCAGGAUGGGGGUGCAAACAGAUGGAUAAUCCAAUACAGUAAUGCAUGUGAUUUGCUACCUUUUAAUAAAGUCUUUAACGUCUUUUGUA